AUGACUAUACGAAACAGUGCUUCCAGUGUUAUCAGUGAUACUAAUGCCGUUUGGUCAAAAUUUAUGAUACCGACUAUUCGUCCUCAGCAUAGUAUUCAGAAGUUAGAAAAAUUUUACACUGACUAUUUAUUAAUUAAAAAACAUCGUAAUAGAGAAAAAAAUUCGAAAACACAACAAAAAAACCUUGAAAAGUUCUGUCAAAAGCUUGGUAAAUUGUUCGAUAUAGCAAAUUCAACGGCGGUUAAGAAUUUACCGAAUGAACUUAAAGAAUUUUUGGUUGAAUGUCGGAAUGGAAAAGUUAAUCUACACACGCCAGUUGAUUCUUCCUUGCCACAAACAAGUCUUCAAGAUAAAUCUGAUAUGGAACAGGCGAUAACUAAUGAAGAUAAUAAGAACAACAUGAAUGAUAUUGAAUACCCACGAUAUAAAGUAAUAUCAUCUGAUAAUGAAUAUUAUGUAAAUACUGUAAUAGAGAUGUGUACUUGCUUUAUAGGAAAAGUAGGUGCACCUUGCAAGCAUCAGUAUGCUGUUGCAAAACAAUUUAACUUGACAUCUCAACAAUUCUUACCGAUUAGUGACCCAAGAGAAAAAAUAUUGUUGGCCAAAUUAAUCAAAUGUAAUUUACCAGAUAGCUGGUUUAAGAGUUUAACUGAUCUUGACAUUGGACUCCUUGGGGACUGCACAGAAAAUGGAAAUGUUGAUAAGGAUCAUAAUGAAAACAUUGAUAAUACAGUUAUAUUAGAGAAGAGAAAAGAAAGCUCUUUACCAGAAAAGGAGAAUGAUAUCGAUCAAGAAUUACUAAAACAGACAGAGGUUAAAGGUGUUAACACAGAUUCUGCAAUGAUAUCGGCAUUGCAUACGUUUGGCAAAUAUUCAGGUCUACCUGUUAUAAAGAAGAAUUGUCAAGGUAGUAGAAAAAUUGGAGUACAGCCAACAGCCAUAGCUAGGCGGAAAGUGCCACUAGGAGGCAGAAAUGUAGCUGUUAGUGGCAGACCACCUAAAAAACAUGAAUAA